GACACUGAAACCUGAAGGAUUCAAAAGAAAAGACCUGACUGCUCCUGUCUCCUGAAUACAGGCGCGUUGUUGUAAAGUUCAGGAAGGAUGUCCAACCUAUUUUGUCUGCUGACCCCUGAAAAAGAUUCAGUUCCUCUGAAGAGCAUUGAUGUUCUGCUGGAGGUGAAGGACCAUGUAGCUACUCUGGUCUCCACUCUGAACUUCGAGAAUAAGGAGGACAAACCUCUGGAGACCGUUUUUGUCUUCCCUCUGCCUGGAGAUGCUGCCGUGUGUCAUUUCAGUGCUCAGAUUGGAGAAACACACAUUGAAGCUGAGGUGAUGGACAGACAGCAGGCUCGGCAGGUGUAUGAGGACGCUGUGAGCUCUGGUCAGAAGGUAUUCGAAUUGGAGGAGAGUGAGCAGAGUCCAGAUAUCUUCUCUCUGACUGUGGGCAAUCUGCCUCCAGGAGAGAGCGCCUCCAUCAGGCUGGAGUACGUCACUGAGCUGGCUGUGCAGGCUGAUGAUGGGUUGAGGUUUUGUCUGCCUGUUGUUCUCAACCCUCGAUACCAACCUCAGGGUAGUGAAGGUCCUAGUGUGCAGGUGACCUCAGUUCCAGCCUCUCUGGUGCCCUACAGUCUGUCCUUUUUGGCCAGAGUGUCCUCUCCUCGUCCAAUCUCUAAAAUAGAGUCCAGUUGUCUUCUGGAGCCUCUUCAGUAUCUCAACGUUGAUCAAACUCAGGCCACGGUGAAGUUGGCUACAGGACACAAGUUUGACAGAGACAUUGAGAUACUGAUUUAUUACAAAGAUGCCCACCGGCCCUCUGCUGUGGUGGAGGCAGGACAGGCCUCUGCUAAACCUGGCUCUCUGAUGCGUGAUCCAGUGAUAAUGGUGAGCCUGUAUCCUGAAUUUCCAGAAUCUGUGAUGUCUAAUUUCACCUACUGUGGAGAGUUUGUGUUAUUACUGGAUCGAUCAGGGAGCAUGGAUUUCCCAACGUAUUGCGGAAGUCGUCAGAGUCGCAUAGCAAGUGCCAAGGAUACUCUGAUGCUCCUGUUGAAGAGUUUACCCAGGGGCUGCUAUUUUAAUAUUUAUGGUUUUGGAGAUCAUUAUGAACAAGUCUUCUCCAAAAGCGCCAAGUACAAUCAGAAGAACCUCAAACGGGCUAUGAAAAAAGUUGAGGAGAUGGGCGCUAAUUUGGGAGGAUCCGAGAUCCUGGAGCCUCUGCGACAAAUUUACAGACAGCCCUGUAUCCCUAACCAUCCCAGACAACUCUUUGUCUUUACUGAUGGUGAGGUGGAUUACACAAAAGCUGUUCUGGAUGAGGUAAAGAAAUACUCUGAAUUUCACAGGUGUUUCUCUUUUGGGAUUGGAGAAGGUGCCAGUUCUGAACUUAUCAAUGGGAUGGCCAGAGAGGGAGGAGGACACGCUCAGUUCAUCAUAGGGAAAGAAAGGAUGCAACCAAAAGUGAUGCAGUCCCUGAGAUUCGCCUUGCAGCCGCUCGUCACUGACAUUUCAUUGUUGUGGGAUUUACCGGAGGGUGUUUCUGCCACCGCUCUGUCUCUACCACUUACAGCACUUUUCCAGGGUCAGAGGUCACUGAUUUUUGCUCAACUCACCGGAGAGUAUUCUGAAGCAGCUGAUGGCUGUUUGACGGUGAGGUUUACCACAGCAGGUCAUCCAUGCCAGAACCAGCUGCACUUCUCUUUACAGCCUGCAUGUCAUCUAGACUUUGAUCAGAAAGAAGAUUUGCCAUUCACUUGCUCCACAAUCCACAGGCUGGCUGCUCGUAAUCUCAUCCGCUCCCUGGAGCAGGAGCACAGGGAGCAUUGGCUGCAGCCUGAAAGAAUAGAGAAGGUGGUGGACCUUUGUGUCCAGUCUGGAGUCAGCAGCAUCUUCACCGCCUUCAUUGCCGUCAACAAAAGCAAUGAGGAACCUGUUCAAGGUCCGCUGAUCUACAGGGAGAAUCCUACAUACAUGCCAGUGCUACGUGACUAUGGUCUGUUUCAUGGUUUAGGGGGUCAAACAAACAUUUUCAGACGCAUUUGCUCGUCCAUCAGAAAAAGAACAUCAGCUAGUAAGUUCGGAAAAGCUUGGAAAAAGAAUCUAUUUUCAGGAGACUGUGAGCCCACAAAGCCAGCCAGAGAUCCACUGCUGGAGCUCGUUUCGCUGCAGGAUGCCUCUGGCUGCUGGCUGCUUGAUCCAUGUUUGGCUGCUGCUCUUGGCAAAAGCAUCGAGGAGUUGGUAAAAACAAGGCCUUCAUCGGCCGAAAGGAAAGUGUGGGGCACCAUUUUGGCUCUAAUUUGGCUUCAUGGAUAUCAAAAAGAUGUGAAGGUUGAAUGGGAACUUCUUGCUAUGAAGGCUGCAUCGUGGCUCAGAGCUGAGAAAGCUGUUUGCGUGACAGUGUGUGUGGAAGCUGGAAAUGUCCUGUUGGGUUGUAAUGUGACCACUGAUGCUCUGGGACUCUGAGGUUGCUGUAUUAUUUGUCCCAGUGAAGGGAACCCUGUAAUUCUGUUACAAAAAAAACCUACAGAAACAAACUCACUCAAUCCACAGACACCCAAAUACCUCCACACUCCUAUUCAACUGACAGUUGCGCAGUCCCUUAAAGUUGUUUUAUAUAAAAUUAAAUGACGAUUCAAAUGCUCCACCUAUAACUAAGCUUAAUUUCUUUGCUUUACUUUCCCUCUCAACUUUUCCUGCACCACUAGAUGAAUUUCAAGUCAUAUUUCUGAGGUUGCAGUUAGGUCAUCCAACUCCAGUCAUUCAGAUCUCAACUUCCCUCUGUCAUCUCUGUAGUCCUUUGGCCCCUCCUCUUCAUCCCUUUCUUCCUCCCCACAGGACAUAGUUCAUAAAUUUAACACCUGAUUUCAUAAUUUUGCAACUGGCACCCAGUUGUACCUCUCUAGUAAAUCUAGUAAAUCAAUUCUUCCAGCCUCAUCUUUUUCCAACUGCCUAUCUAAAGUAAAAUCUUGGUUCACUUCAAACUUAAUGAUGAUAAAACUGAAAUUCUCCCCGUUGGUACGAAGUUUAAAUGAUCAAAAGCUAACAAAAUCUCUCUCACCAGCAACAGAGAGAUUUUGAUCUCUAUGUUGAGGGAAACCUGAGGGGAAAAUAACUCUCCCCUCAGGUUAAGAGUCUGGGUGUCAUCCUUGACAGCACAUUAUCUUUCCAAUCUCAUGUUAAUAAUCUUGCAUGUUUCUAUCUCUGAAACAUAAAUCACCGCCACACCUCCCUUUACUCUGAUACUGCACCUGUCUCAGAUGCAAAGGACAAAACACUUUAUAUAAUCAUUACAAUAUUGGUUAUUGUUAUCAAAAGGUUUUCUAAUAUUUUGCAUAGAUCAACUAUGUUCACAUUUACUUAGUUUUUUUAUUCUAUUUUGUAUUGUCUGUGCUAUUAUUGUGAAGUGAAAAAUGUAUUAUCUUGGUUUACCUGUGUGUCCAUCUUUAAUUAUUCUGCAGCUCAUUAUUGAUUUCAUUGGUUUGUAUUCACAAUGUAAUUAGAAAAAAAAGAGAACCUAAACUGCAUAAUUUAUUAGCAAUGAAAAAUUCUGUCUCUAAAAUCUUUUUCUUCAAAGCAGGUCUACCUGUCAUGUACUUUUUUUUGUAAAGUGUGCAGUGACUCGUAAAAUCAGAAACAACAUGUCCCAGCGUCUGAGAUAGCUUUCUUUGUACUUUCUCUCAGAUUUCUUU